UGUUGUUUGCUAGGCUCUGGAGGGUACCAGGUCCGCUGAGCGCUGGAGUCGGGAAGCGACGCGGAAGAGCUGCGGCUUCCUCCUGCGGGCUCCGUCCGUCUGCCCCCUUCUUCCCGCAGCUCGGGCCUGGGCACCCCAGGGAGGCGGGGGCGAUGGUACAGAUGGAGACGCAGCUGCAGAGCAUUUUUGAGGAGGUGGUGAAAACAGAAAUUAUAGAAGAGGCUUUCCCCGGCAUGUUUAUGGAUACCCCUGAAGAUGAAAAAACAAAGCUGAUUAGCUGUUUGGGGGCCUUCAGGCAGUUUUGGAGUGGGCUUUCUCAGGAGUCUCAUGAACAGUGCAUCCAGUGGAUUGUUAAAUUUAUUCAUGGCCAGCAUAGUCCUAAAAGAAUUUCUUUCCUUUAUGACUGCUUGGCAAUGGCCGUUGAGACUGGUCUUCUUCCACCCAGGAUGGUCUGUGAGUCCCUGAUAAACUCUGACACUCUGGAAUGGGAAAGGACUCAGCUCUGGGCUUUAACAUUUAAACUGGUUCGGAAAAUAAUUGGGGGAGUGGACUACAAGGGUGUUCGAGAUCUCUUAAAAGUGAUUUUGGAGAAAAUCUUGACAAUUCCCAAUACAGUGAGCUCUGCUGUUGUACAGCAGCUUCUGGCAGCAAAAGAGGUUAUAGCAUAUAUCCUGGAAAGAAAUGCCUGCUUGUUACCAGCUUAUUUUGCAGUCACAGAGAUCAGGAAACUGUAUCCUGAGGGCAAGCUUCCACACUGGUUACUUGGAAACCUGGUAUCAGACUUUGUGGAUACCUUCAGGCCCACAGCAAGGAUAAACUCCAUUUGUGGCCGCUGUAGUCUUCUGCCAGUUGUAAAUAACUCGGGCGCCAUUUGUAAUUCAUGGAAAUUAGAUCCUGCGACUCUUCGUUUUCCUUUGAAAGGUCUUUUGCCAUAUGAUAAGGAUCUGUUUGAACCACAGACUGCUUUGUUGAGAUAUGUAUUGGAGCAGCCCUAUUCCAGGGAUAUGGUCUGCAAUAUGCUAGGUUUAAAUAAGCAGACCUUGAACAUUGCUCAGCACAAGCAGCGCUGCCCUGUGCUGGAGGACCAGUUGGUGGAUCUGGUAGUUUACGCCAUGGAGCGAUCUGAAACCGAGGAGAAGUUUGACGAUGGUGGGACAAGCCAGCUCCUGUGGCAGCAUCUCUCCAGUCAGCUCAUUUUCUUUGUGCUUUUCCAGUUUGCCAGUUUUCCGCAUAUGGUCCUUUCUCUGCAUCAGAAGUUAGCAGGGCGAGGACUGAUUAAAGGCAGAGACCAUCUGAUGUGGGUACUCCUGCAGUUCAUUUCUGGAAGUAUUCAGAAAAAUGCACUAGCCGAUUUUCUCCCUGUCAUGAAACUCUUCGAUCUGCUGUAUCCAGAAAAAGAAUGUAUACCAGUUCCUGAUAUUAACAAGCCCCAGUCAACUCAUGCCUUUGCUAUGACUUGUAUUUGGAUUCACCUCAAUAGAAAAGCCCAAAAUGACAACUCCAAGCUACAGAUUCCAAUACCUCAUUCCCUAAGGCUUCAUCAUGAGUUUCUACAGCAGAGUCUGAGAAAUAAAAGUUUACAAAUGAAUGACUAUAAAAUUGCCCUAUUAUGUAAUGCAUACUCUACAAAUUCAGAAUGUUUUACGCUACCUAUGGGAGCUCUGGUAGAAACUAUUUAUGGAAAUGGAAUUAUGAGGAUACCUCUCCCUGGAACCAGCUGUUUGGCUUCAGGAUCUAUUACUCCAUUGCCAAUGAACCUCUUGGAUUCACUAACAGUUCAUGCCAAAAUGAGCCUUAUUCAUAGCAUUGCAACAAGGGUUAUAAAACUUGCUCAUGCAAAGUCCAGUGUGGCUUUGGCUCCAGCCCUAGUGGAAACGUACAGUCGUUUACUGGUCUAUAUGGAAAUAGAGUCUUUGGGCAUCAAAGGAUUUAUCAGUCAGCUUCUGCCGACGGUUUUCAAGUCCCACGCCUGGGGAAUCUUACACACACUUCUUGAGAUGUUCAGCUACCGGAUGCACCACAUUCAGCCUCAUUACAGAGUUCAGCUCCUGAGUCAUCUUCAUACUUUGGCUGCAGUUCCACAAACAAACCUGAACCAGCUGCAUCUUUGUGUUGAGAGCACUGCACUCAGGCUAAUCACAGCAUUAGGUAGCUCCGAGGUACAGCCACAGUUUACACGCUUCCUGAGUGACCCCAAAACGGUGCUGUCAGCAGAAUCUGAAGAACUGAACCGAGCCUUGAUAUUGACCUUAGCUAGAGCAACUCAUGUAACAGAUUUUUUUACAGGCUCUGACUCAAUUCAGGGAACUUGGUGUAAAGACAUUCUUCAGACCAUCAUGAGUUUCACUCCUCAUAAUUGGGCUUCACACACCCUUAGCUGUUUUCCAGGCCCACUGCAGGCAUUCUUCAAACAAAACAAUGUACCUCAGGAAAGCCGUUUUAAUUUGAAAAAAAAUGUGGAAGAGGAAUACAGGAAGUGGAAGUCCAUGUCUAAUGAAAAUGAGAUCAUUACCCACUUUCCUGUGCAGGGCUCCCCUCCUCUUUUCCUUUGUCUUCUUUGGAAAAUGCUCUUGGAAACAGAUCAUAUCAAUCAGAUUGGCUAUAGAGUAUUAGAGAGAAUUGGUGCCAGGGCCUUGGUAGCCCAUGUGAGAACAUUUGCAGAUUUCCUGGUAUAUGAGUUCUCUACAUCAGCAGGGGGCCAACAACUCAAUAAAUGCAUUGAAAUUCUUAAUGACAUGGUAUGGAAGUACAACAUUGUUACAUUGGACAGAUUAAUUCUCUGCCUGGCCAUGCGUAGUCAUGAAGGAAAUGAAGCCCAGGUUUGUUAUUUCAUAAUUCAGUUGCUGUUACUCAAACCAAAUGAUUUCAGAAAUCGAGUAAGUGACUUUGUGAAAGAAAACUCCCCAGAGCACUGGCUGCAGAAUGACUGGCACACCAAGCACAUGAAUUAUCACAAGAAAUAUCCAGAGAAGCUGUAUUUUGAGGGCCUGGCAGAACAGGUCGAUCCUCCUGUACAGAUCCAAUCCCCCUAUCUGCCCAUCUAUUUUGGAAACGUGUGUCUUCGAUUCCUUCCAGUAUUUGAUAUAGUAAUCCACAGAUUUUUAGAGUUACUUCCGGUGUCCAAAUCACUGGAGACUCUACUGGAUCAUUUAGGAGGAUUAUACAAAUUUCAUGAUCGACCAGUGACUUACCUUUAUAAUACUCUGCACUACUAUGAAGUGCACCUGAGGCAGCGUGCAUUUCUCAAAAGAAAACUUGUCCAUGCAAUCAUUGGCUCACUGAAAGAUAAUCGACCACAGGGCUGGUGUCUAAGUGACACUUAUUUGAAGUGUGCUAUGAAUGCACGAGAGGAGAAUCCUUGGAUCCCAGAAGAUUCCUACUAUUGCAGAUUGAUUGGCAGACUGGUCGAUACGAUGGCUGGAAAAUCUCCUGGUCCUUUUCCAAACUGUGACUGGAGAUUCAAUGAGUUUCCCAACCCGGCUGCCCAUGCUCUUCAUGUUACUUGCGUGGAGCUCAUGGCCUUGGCUGUACCAGGUGAAGAUGUUGGGAAUGCUCUUCUAAAUGUUGUCCUGAAAAGUCAGCCUUUGGUGCCAAGAGAGAACAUUACAGCAUGGAUGAAUGCAAUUGGUUUGAUCAUUACUGCUUUACCAGAGCCAUAUUGGAUUGUUCUUCAUGAUCGAAUUGUGAGUGUCAUCAACAGUCGCAGCCUGACCUCUGAAACUCAGUGGGUUGGCUAUCCAUUCCGCCUCUUUGAUUUCACUGCUUGUCACCAGUCCUACUCUGAGAUGAGCUGUAGUUAUACUUUAGCUCUAGCACAUGCUGUGUGGCACCAUUCCAGCAUUGGGCAACUUUCCCUCAUUCCCAAGUUUCUCACUGAAGUACUCCUUCCCAUAGUGAAGACUGAGUUCCAGUUGCUUUAUGUGUACCAUCUUGUAGGACCAUUUUUACAAAGAUUUCAGCAGGAGAGAACUCGGUGUAUGAUAGAGAUUGGAGUGGCAUUUUAUGACAUGCUGCUAAAUGUAGACCAGUGUAGCACCCAUUUAAAUUACAUGGAUCCCAUCUGUGACUUCCUAUAUCAUAUGAAGUAUAUGUUUACUGGUGACAGCGUCAAAGAGCAAGUAGAGAAGAUUAUCUGUAAUUUAAAACCAGCCUUAAAACUUCGUCUUCGCUUCAUCACACACAUUAGCAAGAUGGAACCCGCAGCAGUGCCUCCACAAGCCAUGAACAGUGGGUCUCCGGCACCUCAGUCUAAUCAGGUGCCAGUGUCUUUACCAGUAACGCAGUGAAGCUACAGUGCACUGUGCUGAAAAUGGAAAUACAUCCAUCUUUGGACAUGGACUCGAAUCUAUUAAAUCUGAACAGAGUCAUGCUAUAUUGACAGAUAGCAGCAGCAAUGGCGUUCAGAUUGUUUUAUUUUGAUUCAAAUAGUGAAUCUCCUAAUACCUUAUAAUUUCCAUCUCCCUAACUAUAUUUUGUCUCUAAGAGAUCAAGUAAGCUCCAUGUUGUUCAUAUCCAUAACAAUUGGACUCCCCAAGAAUGUAGAGGUAACUGUGAUGAAAUGACACUCUUGGUCCUUCCCUAUUCCAGCUGUUGGUUUUGUUUCUCUUAUUAUCAGUGGAGUAUUCAGUCUUCAAACAUAAUUUAAAGGCACCACACAUGUCAAACAAUUGCUUUUUAUAAAUCCUUUUAUAAAUAAAUCUCCUUUGAUGUAACUUUGGGAUAACAGAUUUUUUUUAUCAAGAAGUAGGUUUUAGAUUUCAUUGCACUAUAGGAACAAACAAGGCUUCAUAUUCUUUUAAAAAUGGCUUGAAAUUUUAUUGUAAAUUUCCAAGUAAAUAUCUAAUGCUCCUGUUCAAGCUGGAUUGGCUGUUUUUACCUUCUCUGUACACUUGCACUUACUAUAUGAAAUGAGUUGAAGUCAAGUAAGGAAGUACAGGUACCGUGCAUAAACUUAAAUAAAAUCAUACUUAAAUGAUUGAUUCUCCGAUCUCUGUUUUAAAAAAUAAAUCAGUUGCUUUUGAAGGUUGACAGUCUCACCUGCAAAUAAUUUGAUUCUUUGCACUUUUACAGUCUUAAAAUUUUUAAAUAUUUAAUAUUUUUAAGAAUACUAUGCUUUUUGAUUCUUUAUUAGAUUUUGGGAGACAUUGUUAAUUUUUGGAAACAGCAUUGUGAAAGGCUUAAUUAGUGAAAUCUGUGGAGUGAAUAAACUGUAAGACUUCUUCAAUAGCU